UAUGCAAACAUUAAACGGACCGGUGCUGAUGAGAGCACCUGUCACCGCGCUGACUGAAAGGAUGGAGGAGAUGCUUAACCUGACGGGAAACGGACCGUAUAACAAAACUCUGGGGGAUCACCAAUUCAACAGCCUGGACGACAUAGAUGUGCCAGCAGACAGUAGCCCAAUCCUUAGGAUAAUUAUUUCCGUUGUUUAUUCUGUGGUGUGCGCGGUGGGUCUGGUUGGAAACCUGUUGGUAUUUUUUCUCAUGAAGUUAAGACAUGGCAGAAAGAAAUCCAGCAUUAACUUUUUCGUCAUUAACUUAGCUGUUACUGACUUUCAGUUUGUACUCACGCUUCCGUUUUGGGCGGUGGACACUGCCUUAGACUUCAGCUGGCCGUUUGGCGAUGCCAUGUGCAAAAUUAUCCUUUCAAUUACUGUUAUGAACAUGUACGCAAGUGUGUUCUUCUUGACUGCCAUGAGCAUCACCCGUUACUGGUCUGUUGCGUCUGCACUGCGGAAUCGCACACGGCAUAGGAUGUUUUCUGUCAAGUGGGUCAGCGCAGUAUUAUGGAUUUUGGCAACUGUGGCCACAGCACCUACAACUAUUUUUGCCAGAGUAAAAACUAUUGCCGGGGAAAAACUGUGCUUAUUAAAAUUCCCAGAUGGACAACGCUGGCUGGCCAUUUACCAUCUCCAAAAAAUCCUCAUCGCUUUCAUUCUGCCAAUGCUCAUAUUGUCAGUUUGUUAUUUGAUGCUUUUAAGGUUCAUUCGGAAGAGGAGUAUGAACAACAAUAAUACUGGAAGACGUUCAAAAGUUACUAAGUCAGUGACCAUUGUGGUGCUGUCAUUUUUUCUUUGCUGGAUGCCCAAUCACGCAAUAACAUUUUGGGGUGUUUUGGUGAAACUGAACGCUGCGUAUUGGGAUAGAUCUUAUUAUAUUAUGCACACUUAUGUUCACCCCGUAACGAUAUGCCUGGCUCAUGUAAAUAGUUGUUUGAAUCCAGUCAUAUACUGUUUAAUGCGACGCGAAUUCAGGAAAAUGCUGAAGAAUUUGUUCUGGCACGCGCCCUCGCCAGUCAUGGCUUCGACUUGUAAAUUACGCACGUUCUCCACAGCAAUGAAACCAGAGAGGGAGGACGCUCGCAGUGUUAUUCCACUCAAUAUGCUUGAUACGGAUAAAUGUGAACUCUCUGUUAUUGAGAAACCAUUUUCUCUAGCCAGCUACAAACCUACAGAUGAACCCACCUCGAACUACAAUGCAGACGCACUUCAAGGUCCCUAG